GUCUUCUUAACUUGAACAAUGUGGUGCGCGACGAUCACAAAUUUGACCUGGUGUCAAUACAACUGGAGGGAGACUGGCCGUUCGUGCAAUUGAAGAUCUCCUUACUCGCCCACCGCCUGUCAACAAGUACGACGCAAUGAGGCGUCGGCUGCUCGAAACUUUCGGCGAGUCAGAGGAUUCAAAAAUGAGACGGCUGCUCCGGGGUGGAGACAUGACUGGGAAGCCAUCUGAAAUCUUGCUUCACUUGCGUCGCUUGUCACCCGCUAGUGGAUGCGACCUCACCGAGUUGCCUUCGUCGAUUCGUCCGCUCAUUUCGGUUUGGGAGGAGAAUGAUCUGGACAAGCUGGCAAAGAUUGUCAACAAGAUGAUCGAAAAUAAUGCCAUCGACUUCAUGUGUGUUAUGUCGACUCAACCCAAUUCCGCUGACCAUAUUCAGCAGACCGUCGAUGCGGGGGAGUACUGUGGCAGCCCGGAUCGCAGCCCCUCAGCAACACUGAUCUUAGAGUCGUUCGCUGAUGUGGCAACACCGGCGACUCUGCCAAGCGGCCUGGCAUCUUGAUAUCUG